AUGGCCUACGCAAUACCUAUACGCAUAGUGAAACCCAUCAACCUGGGAGCUGAAGGCUCCCGCGCUAAAUAUGGCAACUUCCGCUCUGCGCUAAACUUCUCACACUUGGACACCUGGGCAACUUCAUCUCAGGCCUUUUGCCUUCGGAGCAACAUGUUCCUCCGAAUCAACAUUCCUCCAGCCACUCGCAUCUGCCUCGUUAGCCUACUGACCCUCUCUCUCCUCUACAACAUUGCCAGGUGGCGCCAAAUUGACACCACUGGUGGAACACCCACCACUUCACCUCUCGUACCCUACCUGACCCUCGUCCCCUCCUACGUGUUCUACUACCCCUGGACAAUCGCAACAGCGACAUUCGUCGAACAAAAUAUCUUCACCGUCCUCCUCAACUCCGCAACCAUCUUCUAUGGCGGCAAAUACCUCGAACGCGCGUGGGGCUCGCGCGAGUUCAGCAAGUUCAUCGCCGUCAUCGCCGUGAUUCCCUGCGUGGUGAUAGUCCCCAUCUACCUAACAUGGGGCGCAGUCGGCGGCUCCUCAAGUACAGCCCUCACCCAAAUCUGCGGCGGCGUCUCCAUCCAAGGCUCCUUCCUCGUCGCCUUCAAGCAACUCGUCCCUGAACAUACCGUCACAAUCUUCAAGGGCUUAGUCAAGAUGCGCGUAAAGCACUUCCCAGCCCUCUUCCUCCUCCUCAACACCCUCAGCGGCUUCAUCUUCGGAACUGACACCGCCGCCGUGCUCGCCUGGCUCGGUGUCCUAGCUAGCUGGAGCUACCUCCGCUUCUACAAGCGCCAGCCCGACCUGACGGGUACCUCCAACGGCAGCGGAAUAAAGGGCGAUGCCAGCGAAACGUUCGCCUUUGCGUGUCUUUUCCCUGAUGUUAUGCAGCCUCCUAUCGCCUUCGUCGCGGACCAGAUCUAUACCUUGCUAGUAGCAAUGCGGGUCCUGACACCCUUCUCAGAGGAUGAUAUUGCCUCAGGCAACCAGCAAGUCCUGGCUCGCGGCGAAGCUGGCCUGCCAACACUACUCAGCAGCCAGCGCGGCGGUGCAGGCUCAAGAGGGAAGCGCGAGGAAGCAGAGCGGAGACGCACUCUCGCUCUUAGAGCCCUGGAUCAGCGCUUGCAGGCUGCUACAAUUGCCCGGCCACAAGCCCACCCUCUAGGUGAGCCAAGCUCGUCCUCGUAUGCGAAUCCGGCGCCAGUUGCUCCGGCUGGUCAGGGUAUGCUGGGUGAAACGAGUUACAAUCCAGACAAUGCGUGA